AUGGAACCGACCUGGCUCCAACCCCGGCGUGAGCCUCCAAAAAAACGAUGGAAGGAGAAGGCCCAGCCUCCACCUCCUCCGCCUUCGCUUGAAGGUGAGCUGCCAGAACACCAGGUGGGGAAGAUCUUCACCUGCGGCUGCGGGCACCUGGGCGCAGAGCUUCUUUGCCAGCUGCUGCGGCGCUGGGUGAAGAGCGUGCUGGACGUGCGCGAGCUGGAUCACAGCACGAAGCGGCCUUGGUUCAACAGCGAUGUGCUUGAAGGCACUAUGAAGCAGGCGGGUCUGGAGUACAAGUACAUCGGCCAAGAUGACGAUGUGCCCUCCUGGGCAGCUGCCGUUGUGGCUGCUGCGCAGGAGAUGCCAUGGCCCGUGUGCCUCCUGGGCGUGCGCGCCUUGGUGCGCGAGUGCCCCCGCCUUGGUCUUGCUCAGCAGCUGCAGGAGCUGUGGCCAGUGGAGCAUCUGCAGCCAUCUCCGGAGGCGCCUCCACGGCUGCUGAGCUUCCCACACCAGGACGUCUUCGCCAAAGAGGCGCGGCUCCUGAGCCACGUGCAGCAGGCCGUGGCCGCGCGGGAGGCUGAACUUGGCCUCGAAGGCAGCUGGCAACAAAGGAUUCGAAGUCGUUACAAGAACGUGGUGCCGUGGGAAGAGUGGGACAAGACCCGAGUCUUCCCUGAAGCUGGUGAUGAGCCGCUAGUGAUUGCACUGCCCUUUGACACAUCUUUGCUGGUCAUCCCUGGCUUCCUCAACCGGUCGGCGGUCUACGCGCUGCAGCAGGCCACGCUGCCUGGGGCGGUGGACUACGAGCAGCCGCGGCGCCAGGUGCGGAAUCCCGAUGGGACCUUCACUCAGUUCAACGAGCGGCACAAAGAAGCCUGGCUUUGCAAUGACUACAACUACCGAGACACGCGACGAGUGGCACCGCCACGUGUGCACCCGGGCCAGAAGCUGUCACCAAAGAUUCAGGAGCUCCUAAGAAGCGCCUCCGCAGCGUCUGCGGCGCCCUUCAACGGGGCGAUGUGCCGCUGGGAGCCGCCAGGAGUUCACCUCAAGGACGGCCCCCAUACCUAUGCGACGCACUGUGGGUGGAGCAAGGACUCGGUCAUCGGCUUGAUGGCGGUCGGCGCCACGAGAUUGUACCACAUCCACGGCAUUCCUUGGUACCACGGCCGUGGACGCCGCGAGGUGGUUGUUGUGAACAUCCCGCUGAAAGAAGGUAUGCUGGUGGCGCUCGGGGGGCCGCUGCGGGAGAAGUGGCUCUAUGCGCAACCACGAGAUGAGGAGAUGCUUCCAGAGCGGGUGCAAUUCACUUUGCAGAUGCACGCGGAUGUGGAAGUGGCCAAGGGUGCCGACCAGAGCUGCUCCCUGCAUUGGACUGAAGAUGGGGACGCGCCGCUGAAGGAGGUAGAGGCGGGUUCGGUAUCGAGAUGGGUCACAGAAGUCUUCCAAGGCACUGCCAGGGCGCUGGCGGCGAGGGACGCAGAAGGAAGAGCAAAAAAGCGCUGA